UUUUUCUUCCCACGUAAAUUUUAACCAGAGUUAUCAGUACAGUGAGAAAAAUAUGAUAUCGAGAGAUCCAUAUGCUUAUUCAAAGCACAAGGAUUCCCACUUGCAGUAACCGCUGGUCCAUCUCUAAACCACUGGUGCAUGUCAAGGAAGUCCUCGGAGCUUGGAACUUUUGCGCUUUUCACUUUGCCUUUGUUGAUUUUUGCUUCUUUUUGUUUGGUUUCUUCUUUUGAACUCCGAAGGCUUAGAGAGGGAAGCCCUCCUGGGUUUGUAAGUUGGGUUUUGCUAAGGUGAACCUAAUUGGUUUGUUGAGUGGUUUGGUCGUUUGGAAUUGGUUUGCUUUGUUAGAACAGUUUUACCUUUUGCGAGCUAAAAUUAGGAAAAGCUUGGCUUUUAUUUGUAGGGUUUAUGAUAAAAUUUUGGUUUUUGAAGGUUGAAGGUCGAUCAAGUUGGACUUUUGGCUAGUUCUGUAAGUGGGUUUUGGUUGUAGAAGGUAGAAAUCGAGUACAAGAUACUAUACGUGGUCUUUUGAGUACUUAUUUAAUUAGCAGUUUCUGAAAGUUGGAAUUUUGUUGGUGGAUAUCAGAAUGUUGAGAUGGUUCCUAUUUUUGGGCUUCUCAGGUGAACUAUGAAUUUUUUGCUAAUUCAUUAGUUCCAGAGGUGGAUUUCAGUUGCCAGAACCUCAUAUUUUCCCAGUAGAAUUUAGAAUCUUAUACUUGUAUUUUGGGUUUCAUUUGUUACCUUUUAUGUGGAGAUGUUGGGUGGAAGCUUGCAAAUGUCACUGAAUUCCCCAUCUUACAUAUGGGGUUGUGUAACUGCGCAGAGAAAUUUUUGUAAGAGAAGGUUGGAUCCGGUUCUAGCUAUGUCCCCAUCCUCAGUGAUCUUACACACUGAUGAAAGUGGGAAAUUUCCUGAAUCUAAGAAGAGUUCUAGUUCAGGUACAGCUUCUUUAAUUGGCUCUGCUGGGACCUUGCUUAGUCAUCCAAAUACCGUGGGAAUAAUUGGAGGGGUAUCUGUUGAUUCCACUCUCAAUUUCGUGAGAAAACUAGUGCAUUGGAGUAAAGAGAAUGAAAAGAAUUGCAUGCCUUUUGUUCUUUGCUCUGAUCCAGUGUUGAAUAGGGAGCUUUUAUCGCUGGAGAGGAAUUCUGCUUCUCUCUGCCAUAGAAAUGAACAUUCACAAUUCGAUCAUACCCGGAUUGUUGAAAAUCUAUGGAGUAAAAGGGUCUUCCUUGAGAAGUCAGGAGCUCACUGCAUUGUGGUGCCUUGUCAUAUUUCACACUCAUGGCAUGAUGAAGUGUUUAAGGGAUGUUCUGUUCCUUCCCUUCAUAUGGGUGAGUGUGUUGCCAGGGAGCUUAAAGAAGCCAAGUUGAAGCCACUGGAAGCUGGGAGCCCUUUGCGAAUUGGGGUACUUGCCACAGAUGCGACUUUAAAAGAAGGGUUUUACCAAGAGAAACUGCAGAAUGAGGGUUUUGAGGUUGUGCUGCCAGACAAAGCAACCCUGGAACACACUGUAAUCCCUGCAAUUGAUGCCUUAAAGAAAGACAUGGAAGGGGCACGGAAUCUGCUGAGAAUUGCACUCCAGGUUCUCCUGGUGAGGGCGGUUAACACUGUUAUCCUUGCGUCUGAUGAUAUGCGUGAUCUUUUGCCUCGGGAUGAUCCUCUUCUUAAGAAAUGUAUUGACCCAAUGGAUGCAUUGGCCAGGUCAACUAUCAAGUGGGCACAGCCAGCUGUGGAGGAAGAGGAAAGAUGAAGGAACAAUGUGCACUUGGAAUCUCAAUUAUUAACUUGAACAAGGAGGAUGUGUAGGUCAGAAUUCUGAAGCACACCAUAAGAGAUUGGAACAAUCAUUAUAAAUUUAAAGUAUUAAUGAGGUUGAAUUAUAAAUC